AUGUUUUGCAAAACUGAAAAAUCAAAAAACGGUCUAAAUUAUACAAUUAAUGCAAAAAGUUUUAAAUGCCAGCUUGGAGAAUUUUAUAUCGAAGGUGGGUGUUAGACUUGCAAAUCUAGUCAAGGAUUUUACAGUGUAACUUACGAUGCAAUUAAAUGUUCAAUUUUUGAUAAAACCAAAUUCUAAAUUGUAACUUCCAAUAUGCUAAACUUACAAAAGGGAUAUUGGAGACCUAAUUAUUUAUCCGAUGCUACAGAGGAUUGCUACAAAAAUACAGAUUUUGUUUAGGGGGAUGGUAAGUUGGAGAUAGCACUUGUGGUAAAGGACACAUAGGUGCACUAUGUGAAAUGUGUGAUUUAUACGAUAUCAGAGGAGAAGGGUAGUAUUUUAGAAGUUAAUAAAAUGUAUUAUGUAUAUCAUGCUUAAAUGAGGAGAGCAGCAUCCUUCCUUUUUUAUUUGCUUUAUUUUAGUAUAGAAUAUUAUUUACCUUAGGGCAUUAUUAUCAAUUGUACUAUCAGUUAAAAGCAUCAACAAAUCAAAUUCAUUAUUCAACUAGCUUACAGUUUUCUAAAAGAAUUUUAGUAAAAUUCUAUUUAAAUUAAAUUAAGGUAAUUAUCAAUUUACAAUUAGAUCAUGAGGGUAUAUUAAUUAAGAUUUUAUUAAAUUAUCUAUGGACGUUUUCAUCAAUAUUUACUUUUAAUAUCAGGUUUUCAUUUCCUAUCUUCUUUAUUGAACAAUCAAGUAAUAGCUUUUAUUUUAUGGUAAAUAAUUUAGAUUGUUAUUUAUCAAAUUUAUAAAUACAUUUAAUUUACGCUUAAAUUAUUUUUAUACUAUUAUUAAUGCUGCUACAAUUCUAUUUUAUACUUAUCAUUUCGUUUAUUUAUUUUCAAUUUUCAUCAAAUAAAUGGAUAGGAGUAUCAUUUCGAAUACCAUACUUUGCUUAUAUGUUUUUAAUUAUGGGGGAUUAAUCAAAUUGUAAGAAAGAUUUAAUAAAUUAGGUUAUGUUCUAAAUUGUCUGUUAGAUAAAUAUCAAAUAUUGAUUACAUUUAAGGGGAUGUUUCAUUAUUAUUUGAUAGCUAGGAACACUACUUGUGGGUUUAAUUUCUUAUCAUACCACUAUUACUAAUUUUUGGCUGCAUUAUUCCAUUUUCAUUAUUUUUAUUGAUGUUUCGAAAUAGAUCUAACCUAGAUAAGAUAAAAUUUAGAAAACAUAUCUGCUAUUUAUUUAAUGAAUACAGUGAAAAGACAUAUUUUUGGGAAUAGAUUAAGUUGAUAUAGAAGACUUGUAUUAUACUAGUAAUAACUAAUUUUGAAAAUAAUGUGUUAUUAAAGACAACUUUAUUAGGCAUUUGUGUAGAAGCAUACUAAGUCUUAGCUAUCAAUAAUAAACCUUAUAUUAUUUCGAAAUUUAAUAACUUAGAUUUAUAAUCAGGGUAAAUUUGUUUAAUAGCCAUUUUUCUUGCAGCAACCAAAUAUGAAAGUUAGGUUUUGCAAAAUGAUUUUUUUUCAAUGUUCCUUUAAAUCAUUUUGAUUUUAUUAUUAAUUCGACUAAGUUUUCCUUUUAUUAAAGACAUUUUAAUUCUUUAUUCAAAAAAAUAUUAAUUACCAGUUUUGACGAAACUCCAUUCAGUGCUGAAAUAAUCAAAUAUAAAUUUGUUUAAAAACAUUGGAAUUUAUGUGGAUUAAGAAUUUGAAAAAAGAAAAAAAUUAUAAAUGAAUAUUCAAAAAAUGAAAUUGAUUUUAUAAAGUAAGUAUGGAAAUGGAAAAGAAAUGUAAUAUUCUUAUUUAUUAUAAGAUCUUUUACCAAAAGACCUAUUCUUAAAUCAAAUACAUAUAGCAAGACAUCUUUUAUUGAGAUUAACAAUCAAUAAUAAUUUUGA